UAUUAGCUCUUAUAGUGUUAAUUGUUAUUGUAUUAGCUCUUAUAGUAUUAGUUCUUAUAGUAUUAGCUCUUAUAGUGUUAAUUCUUAUAGUAUUAGCUCUUGUAGCAUUAAUUCUUAUAGUAUUAGCUCUUAUAGCAUUAAUUAUUAUAGUAUUAGCUCUUAUAGUGUUAAUUCUUAUAGUGUUAGCUCUUAUGGUAUUAGUUCUUAUAGCAUUAAUUCUUAUAGUAUUAGGUGUUGUAGCAUUAAUUCUUAUAGUAUUAGCACUUAUAGCAUUAGCUCUUGUAGCAUUAAUUCUUAUAGUAUUAGCUCUUGUACCAUUAAUUCUUAUUGUAUUAGCUCUUAUAGUAUUAGCUCUUAUAGUGUUAAUUCUUAUAGUAUUAGCACUUAUAGCAUUAGAUCUUGUAGCAUUAAUUCUUAUAGUAUUAGCUCUUAUAGUGUUAAUUCUUAUAGUAUUAGCUCUUAUAGCAUUAAUUCUUGUAGUAUUAGCUCUUAUGGUAUUAGCUAUUGUAGUAGUAGCAGUAAAACGGGAGUAUUAA